CCCGCCCACCAGUGAGCUGUCAUUCGUAUUGUAUAGACAUAGGCUAGGAUAGGAUAGCGUGUGUUCCCGGUUCCUCUGUACAACAACUUAAACAAAACUAGCCACUAAAAAAAAAAGCAUGGCAAUUUCGAGCAGCCAAUCCUUUCUCUUGGCGUCUGUGUUAUCAUUAUUGGUUUUUUCCGGGAUGCAAAUGUAUAAACAUUUGCUAGUGACAUCUCAGCCCUUAACACUUUUUGGUGGAUUCUUGGGAUCAGUUCUAUUUACUUUCAUAUUGACUGCUGUUGGAAACCUUGAAGCUACUCUUUUUGGCAAGGGUUUCCAGAUGAAACUUUUUCCUGAAGUUCUUAUUUGCUUAGGCAUUGCAUUAACAGCAUCUGGAAUGGUUCAUCGUAUAUGCACCACUGUUUGUUUGGUGCUUUCACUAGUCCACUUGUAUCACAUAAACCUACUGUCUCAAAAGAUGUAUGGACAAAGUGCUACUGUUCAAACUUUUGCUACCAAGAAAAGGAAGUAGACCUGUGCACAAUAAUCAAAUACAUUUUCUAAACCCUU